AUGGCGGCUAAGCUCCGAUUUAAUUGCACAAACAAUAUGGCCGAAUACGAAGCUUGUAUUCUUGGUUUGAAAAUGGCCAUCUACAUGAAUGUCUAUGAGUUUUUAGUUGUUGGAGACUCAGAUCUUUUGAUCCAUAAAGUUCAAGGAGAAUGGUAUGUGAAGAACCCUAAGAUUAUACCUUACGCACAAUAUGUGCAGAAGUUGUGCAGAAGAUUUCAUAAGAUCGAGUUCAGACAUACCCCAAGAAUACAGAAUGAAUUGGCCGAUGAUCUCACCACUAUUUCUUUGAUGAUUAAGCAUCCGGAUACAGAUUAUAUUGAUCCUCUGGAUAUAGAGUUGAAAGAACAUCCAGUCCAUUGUUCCCAUGUCGAAGGAGAACCAGACGGUUUGCCUUGGUAUUUUGAUAUAAAGAAGUUUUUGGAGUCAGGAACUUAUCUCGAAGAUGCUACGUCCAAUCAGAUGAAGUAA